AUGAGUUUUCUGGGAAAAUUGUUCGGUGGUAAAAAGGAGGAAAAAGGGCCGACUACACAUGAAGCUAUCCAAAAAUUACGGGAAACCGAAGAAUUGUUGAUUAAGAAGCAAGAAUUCUUAGAGAAGAAAAUAGAAAUAGAAAUACAAACAGCUAAAAAAAAUGGGACAAAAAAUAAGAGGGCUGCCAUCGCGGCUUUAAAGCGCAAGAAGCGCUAUGAAAAGCAACUCACACAGAUUGAUGGAACUCUUACACAGAUUGAAGCUCAAAGGGAAGCGCUUGAAGGGGCCAAUACUAAUGCCCAGGUCCUCAAUACUAUGAGAGAUGCGGCUAACGCUAUGAAACUUGCACAUAAAGAUAUUGAUGUGGACAAGGUUCAUGAUAUAAUGGACGAUAUAGCUGAACAGCAUGAUAUAUCUCGUGAAAUAACAGAUGCUAUCAGCAACAAUGUGGCCUUCUCUAACGAUAUUGAUGAAGAUGAAUUAGAAAGAGAACUCGAGGAAUUGGAACAGGAGGAGCUCGACAAGGAAAUGAUUGGUAUCAAUGUACCAGCAGAUACACUGCCAGAUGUUCCCGCCGAGCCUGUACCUGAGAAACAGAAGGCAAAACCAAAAGAAGAAGAGGACGAAGACUUUAAGCUGCUUAAAUCCUGGGCUACAUAA